AUGGCUUUCUCGGUUAAAGGACGGUCAGCCAUUGUAACUGGUGCUGGUUCAGGAAUCAACCUGAGUUUUGCCCGUCUCCUGCUGGAAAACGGUUGCAAUGUCCUCAUUGCGGACUUGGGUCUCCGUCCCGAGGCUCAGGUAAUUGUCGAUAAGCACUCGGGCAAGGAUGACACCUCCCGAGCGGUCUUCCAACAGACGGAUGUCACCGACUGGCAGCAGCUUGAGCGGAUGUUUGAAGUUGCAGAGCGAGAAUUCGGAGAGAUUGACCUCGUGUGUCCGGGGGCUGGUAUCUACGAACCGCACUGGACCAACUUUUGGCGGCCUCCUGGAACUCAGGCCAGUAAGGACUCUCCAGCAGGUGGCCGGUACGGCCUGAUCGAUAUCAACCUUACACACCCGAUCCGUGUCACCCAACUCGCCAUUUCUCACUUCCUGCGCAAUCGCGACUCCCAGAAGUCCAAACACAUUGUCCAUAUCUCCAGUAUUGCCGGGCAAAAUGCAUCCUUCGCUGCGCCGGUUUACUCGGCCACCAAACACGGUAUCAGCGGAUUCGUGCGCUCCAUGGCCAAACUGGACGAACUCUUCGGGAUUCGUGUCACGGGUGUGGCACCGGGCGUUAUCAAGACACCAUUGUGGACGGACCAUCCGGAGAAGUUGAAGAUGAUCGACGGGGCGGACACCUGGGUCACCGCCGAUGAGGUGGCCGAGGUGAUGCUGGCACUGGUGCAACAGGACAAGGUCGGCGAAAUUAUUGGCGACAAAUCCGGUCAGGGACAACAGUUCGAGGUCAAGGGUGGAACUAUUCUGGAAGUGUCUAAGACUGUGCGCGCUGUCAACCCAUACAACGACCCGGGCCCUGGAAAGCGCGCCGGAAACACCGCAUCGGACACGAGGACCGUGGAAGAAGAGUCGAUUGCACUACCGCGGAGAAAAGUCGCUGGUUAUCAGGGCCAGGCCAGUUGGGCUAGCAGUGUGAUCAACUUGGUCAACACAAUUAUCGGCGCCGGUGUUCUGGCGAUGCCCCUCGCCAUCUCCCACAUGGGAAUUGUUCUCGGUGUCCUCGUUGUUGUAUGGUCCGGUAUAACGGCUGGAUUCGGUUUAUAUCUGCAGUCGCGUUGUGCUCAAUACUUGGAAAGAGGGUCUGCGUCGUUCUUUGCUCUAUCGCAAAUCACCUAUCCCAACGCUUCCGUCGUCUUCGAUGCCGCUAUCGCGAUAAAGUGCUUUGGUGUUGGAGUGAGCUACUUGAUCAUCAUCGGAGAUUUAAUGCCGGCAGUCAUUCAGGGCUUCAUUGGUGGUGAACCGGACUAUGACUUCCUAGUGGAUAGGCAUUUUUGGGUAACAGCUUUCAUGCUGAUCAUUAUUCCUCUCUCCUACCUUCGACGUCUGGAUUCCCUAAAAUAUACCAGCUUCGCAGCGUUGGCGUGCAUUGGCUAUUUAGUGAUAUUGGUUCUCUACCACUUCAUCAAGGGCGAUACGAUGGCUGAUCGCGGUCCGAUCCGUGUCAUUCAAUGGGCAGGUGCUGUUCCUACGCUAAGCAGUCUCCCUGUCACUAUUUUUGCGUUUACAUGCCACCAAAACAUGUUCUCCAUUCUCAACGAAAUCCGCGACAACAGCCAUUUCAAUACCACGAGCGUCGUCUUUGCUAGUAUUGGAGGCGCUGCUUCAACUUAUAUCCUGGUAGCCAUUACUGGAUACCUCUCGUUUGGAAACGGCGUGAGCGGGAACAUCAUCGGAAUGUACCCUCCUGGGCUCUGGGCCACCAUUGGACGUGCUGCCAUCGUCAUCCUCGUCAUGUUCUCGUAUCCUCUUCAGUGUCACCCAUGCCGGGCCUCUGUCGACGCAGUACUGCGCUGGAGACCGAAGGCCUCGAACGGAAAUGAGAACUCCCCUCACCGUCAUCCUCUCUUGGGCUCAAGGGGCAGCCGCUCACCAGAAGCUAUGAGCGAUUUGCGUUUCUCAGUGAUCACAACAUCAAUUCUUAUCGUGAGCUACGUUGCUGCUAUGACUGUCUCGUCACUUGAGGCCGUGCUUGCCUACGUUGGUAGCACAGGUAGCACUAGCAUCAGUUUCAUCCUCCCGGGUCUCUUCUAUUACAGAAUCUCCUCCCCCGACUCGCCAUCCCACCAACGACUCAUGAAGGAAGAUGACGAAGUGGGUGAUGAUGAUGAAGUCGCAUCUACUGAAGCAGACGACGGUAGCGACGAUAACGAUCAGCAGGCCCAGGAGAAUGUGCCCAGUGACGGCGGCAUCGUUCGUCAUGGUCGACGUCAGUGGCGUAGGAACUUGCUUCGCAGACUAAGCCUUGCUCUGGCUAUCUAUGGUGCCUGUGUUAUGAUUGUGUCGCUGGUUACAAAUUCCUUGUUCGUUGCUUCGAAUUAG